UCCGGUGCAGACGGUUUUCGUUUCUAAGUUUACUUCCUGGAAUAUCGUGUCAACAAACAUUACAAUAAAGAUGACUGAGUCAAGACAAGAUGUAGACUGGCAGUGUGAUCGCUCACUAGUACAGAGUCUGGACUACCUCUUUACAACUGGGACGGCCAGUGACGUCAUAUUCAGGAUCGGAGACACAAAGAUUAACGCCCACAAAGUGAUUCUGAUCAGCAGAAGUUCUGUAUUCUACUCCAUGUUACCGCACACUCACACUGACGUAUGGGAGGUAGCAGUUACAGAUGUAUCACCAGAUACGUUUAGAUGUUUCCUUAGAUACAUGUAUACAGACAUUAUACUGUUAACAGUAGACCUGGCCACCUCUGUGUUACCUGUAGCUCGGCAGUAUCACAUGGACCACCUAGUAAAGAAGUGUACAGUGUAUCUUCAGGACCAGACUUUACCUUUUGUAUAUAUUGAAAAGACUUUCACACAGGGGGAGAAACCAUUUAAAGUUGAGCAGUUAAAUGACUGUGAUGAAUAUACAGAAACAAAUGAAAUGAGGCAAAUGGAUAAAACUAUCAAGAUUUCAACUACAGAAAAACAAGAAAAGAAGAGGACAGAGUUAGUCUGUAACAUGUGUGGACAAAUAUCUAAAUUCAGAAAGAAAUACCAAGCUCACAUGGCUACACAUCCCGACUACCAUCCCCAUCAGUGUAACGUAUGUGAAAAAACCUUCUCAAGUACAGGCCACCUGAAGCGCCACCUCAAGAUCCACACAGAGCAGAAACAGCACAAAUGUGAUAUUUGUGGCAAACCUUUCCACGACCUUGAUCGAAUGAGGCGACACCGCCGUAUCCACUCUGGUGAAAAGCCACACAUGUGCGAUAUUUGCGGUAAAAAGUUCAGUGAGGCUGGUAACCUACGUAAACAUUAUAUGAUUCAUACGAAUGAGAAACCAUUCAUUUGUGAGAAAUGUGGGAAAUGUUAUUCUGUACAGUAUGAACUGAAACAACAUCUGAAGGCUCAUGCACGGGAGAAACCGUACAAAUGUGACAUCUGUCGAAAAGGGUUUGAUCAGCCGGAAUCUUUACUGAGUCAUAGUAUGGAACAUAUAGGGAAAAAACUGCACAAGUGUGAUAUCUGUGGGAAGUUUUACAGCAGAGAGUCAGCUCUGAAGGUUCACCGCAGAGUUCACACGGGGGAAAAACCAUACAAGUGUUCAGAGUGCGGGAAAAGGUUUACAAAUAGUGGCGAUAAACAGAGACACCUAAAAAUACAUACAGGAGAGAAGCCACAUAUAUGUGAUAUUUGUGGGAAAGGAUUUAGUGAUAAAAAGUACCUCAGGACUCAUACAAGGACACAUAAGUUAGUCGAUACACCAGUAACUGGUCAGGGAUAACUCCAGGGGGUCCAUGAGGCCAAUUAAAAAAAAGCUCACCAAAACUCAUCAAUUUCUUCAAUUUUCUAUUUUGGCCCAUACGAAUUAUGAAAUAUUGUCAAAAUGGCCCAUGAUUUUUUGGUGAAGGGUGAACUCUGACUGGUGUGUUUUCAUACAAAGAUAUACAAUUUGCAAGUCACUUGAGACACUGGUAUCUGGUAUGUAGGGUUUCAUACAAGGGCAUACAAGUCACUCGAGACACCAGUUAUGUACUGGUAUGUAGGGUUUCAUACAAAGACACAAAAGUCUCUCCCUCCAGACACCAGUAACUGGUGUAUAGGGUUUCAUACAAGUCACUCGAGACACUGGUAACUGGUGUAUAGGGUUUCAUACAAGUCACUCGAGACACUGGUAACUGGUGUAUAGGGUUUCGUACAAGGACACACAAGUCACUCGAGACACGAUGCAAUUACUGGUAUGUAGGGUUUCAUACAAGGACAUACAAGUCACUCGAGACACCAGUCACUGGUGUGUAGGGUUUCAUACAAGGACAUACAAGUCACUCGAGACAUCAGUCACUGGUAUGUAGGGUUUCAAACAAGGACACAUAAGUCACUCGAGACAACAGUAACUGGUAUGUAGGGUUUCAUACAAGGACGUAUAAGUCACUCGAGACACCAGUAAUUGGUGUGUAGGGUUUCAUACAAGGACAUAAAGUCACUCAAAACACCAGUCAGUGGUGUGUAGGGUUUCAAACAAGGACAUACAUGUCACUCGGGACACCAGUAACUGGUGUAUUGGGUUUCAUACAAGGACAUACAAGUCACUUGAGACACCAGUAACUGGUGUGUAGGGUUUCAUACAAGGACACACAUGUCACACGAGACACCAGUAACUGGUGUGUAGGGUUUCAUACAAGGACACACAUGUCACUCGAGACACCAGUAACUGGUGUGUAGGGUUUCAUACAAGGACACACAAAUCACUCUGGACACUGGGAACUGGUGUGUAGGUUUUCAUACAAGGACACUCGAGUUACUCUAGACAGCAGUUACUGCUGUGUAGAUAUUCACUAUUGAGUAAUUACCUACCCAGGUAAAUAAGCCAUUUUCACAUUUGAUUCACCUUUACUUCACUCUUACACCAUGUACCAGUAUUAAAGCUAGAAGUGUUUUAUCAUAUUGGAAAUAAUCAUUGUGAUAUAGAUUCUGCUAGUUAUAUCUAAACUGUUACUGUUUGAUAUUGUUAUAAUGUUUAAGAGUAAUAAAGAGUUAUUGUAUUAUAUUCAAAGAUGAAUCAUAAUGUUGUUGAUGGUUAACAAUAGAGCAAGACGUCCAAUGGUCCUGUAUUACCCACCUCCACAUUAAAUCGAUGAUAAUUUUGUUGACAAGUAAAAACAGAUUAAGAGGUCCAAUGGUCCUGUUUUACCCACCUAGCCCUGGUAUAAUGAAACAGUUUUAAGCCUAAGACAAAAUUUGCACUUAAAUUUUAAGACUUUACUCCGCUUAGACUGCAAUCAUAAGUUGGUCAUGGAACGUGCUAAGCAUAAUCUUUAACAUUACAAACUAUUGUUUAUGGAUAAAAUGUCCAAUUUCUCUCUUAAGUUGAGCACAUAAGUGUAGUGUUGGCCAUAUUUAAGACAAAAUUCAGACUUAAGGCUACCUUAUUGCAGUGUUAGCAUUUAAGCCAGAAGAUUAGACUUAAGUUUUAUUUCAUGAUCCCCAAUUUAAGUCUGUUUCAAUACUUAAGUCUAAAAUCUUAAUUUUAAAUCCAAACUUAGACUUAAUUAAGACUAUUUCAAUCAUAAUGUUGUUGAUGGUUAACAAUAAAGUAAGAGGU